AUGCGGCAGGAAUGCUACGUCGGCAGCUCAAAGCGUGUGAGCACAGGUAUACAUUCGAAAUCCUCUGAGAGUUUCGGCGUGAAUACGUUACUGUCACGAGUGGUUGUACACACGCGGCCUCUGAGCUACGCAGCCGUACAGAUUGUGUGGGGUAUCUGA